AUGUCGCAACAUUUAUUAACUGGAUUACCAACAGAAUCAAGUAAUAUACAACAUUGGGAACAGCAUGUAAUAAAAUUUUGGAUAUCACAAAAAGAGUUAUUAGGCCUACAUGACAUGGUUUAUAAACGGUUGGAGUACAAUAGACGAUUUCUUGGCAUUUGCCAUGUUUAUCAUGAAUAUAAUGUUUAUGUUUAUCAGGAACACAGGUAA